GUGGCACUGACAUCAUCAAUAUUUUUUGUGCUCUGAAGAGGAAGUUGAGGUCUCCAUCUGUCGCGUUGUCUUCGGGAUGUCGACCAUGCGCGCACGAAAGCUGAAGAAACCGAGCGAGCCACCAUCACCGCGUGAGUGCGGGUCCCUGUCCCGGUCAUCAACGCCUACGCCACGCGACCGUGCGACCGUCAUGCCAGUGACGGUGGAACAUCCCAAGAUGAACCCGGCCAUGUGGGCCGCUCUCAAGAAGCACAUCAUGCGGCAGCGCGAAAAACAAAAGCAGGAACAGGAAGCCGAUGCUGCCACUGAGCGAGUACGGGGCGAAAGGGAAUCGAAGCUUCGCCAGGACGAGAUGACGCUAGAGGAGGUACGCGACCAGCUGCAGCAGGCGGAGAAGAAGCUCGUCACGCUCAAGGAGGAGAAGCACAAGCUCUUCGUGCAGCUCAAGAAGGUGCUGCAAGAAGACGACGCCCGGAAGCGGGCUCUUGAGAAGAAGGCCGACAAGAUGGCUGCGCUCAACCACCACUACCAUCAGCAGCCGCGCCAGAACGCCGCAAUGCAGCGGCACGCUGCCGCGGCGAGCUCACAACACCUCCACAUCCAGGAAAGGAACGGGGCACACUCUACGUACCAGUUGCCGCAAGCAAUCCCGCAGAACCCUGGCGUCUUGCAUCGAGCACCGCUCAAGAUGCGGCUGGCCCCGUAUCCACUGCCUCCGUGGCCGCAAACCGCGACAUCGUCGUAUUCCCAGCAAGCGACGCCGCCUCAGCCGGGCUUCUGGCCACAGCAGCCCUACGCGUACACGGCUCAGUUUCCCGGCUCGACGGCGUACGGUGCUCCGUUGCUGAUGCCGGCGUACGCGCCGGGCUACGGCCCCUUCUUCUCGGCGGGACCUGAAGGUAGUGGUGGUGUCAAUUGGUAGUAGCUACGACGUUGGCCUCGGGUGACAUCAAAGGCGCUAUUUCACUGAGCCAGUUUCGAUUUCAGCGAGACUGUGAAUGUGAAAUAGUUGUUCGUGUAGCUCCCGCA